CUUGUUUCGCCGGGAAAACUGUCCUAAAUGCAGCUUCGUGAGUCAUCUGCUAUAAACGCUUCGAUUUUGAUCAUGUGACCUGAUACGUCGCGCGUGUGUACACUAAGCAAAGUAAAUAUGGCGGACAGUAGCUCAACUGAAAGCAGUUCUACUUCUGAGUCCGAUUAUUCCGAUUUUGAGGCCUUUAUAGAGGUUGAAGAUAAUGGGAGAAUUUAUGAACCUAUUGGUGAAAUUAGGCCCUGGCGAUUUGAACCGCCAGGACGAACCGAGAAUACAGGGCGAAAGUUGGAAGAGAAUCAAGAGCCUGUGCGCCGCGGCCGCCUCAAUCAGGAAAGCGACGAAUGGUGUCAGUGUGGAAACUGCCAAGCGAUGGAAAGGGAGGAAGAGAGCAUCUGUUGCCAAGAAGUAGAUACAGUUAGGAAUAAAAUUUUGGCGGAUGUCAUGGAGGAACGGUUGCAGGCAGAACCCAGAUGUAUUGUGCAGCAUCCAGGGCUUAUGGCAGUGUGCCUCAAUAUCUGGGUUCUGCAGACAGCUUGGCUACAAUACAAGCAGCAGUAUGGCUCUUCUGCUUAUGAGGGGCCUGAACAUAAGAAAAACUGCCACAUUGCUUACAGGCAACUGGUCAGUUGGUGUUGGGGUACUCUGGGCAAAAAUAUCCUCAUCCCUUUGCCUUCUUGUGCUGUGAACUGCAUACGUGCCUACUUCCCAGAGCCCAACCAGCUGGAGGAGGACAUGGUUUUUACUGGUUUUACUUAUGCAGAUGAGUAAAC